CCAUGAAGAAGUAACGACUUCCUCUUUCUUCUUCAUUGUACCCACAAACUUGCCACGUCCUUAAACUCUUAGGUAUCUCUACACACACUUCAAGAUGGGUAGGGAGGACAAGGCAUCAUGGAAGUCACAUUACUUCACCAAACUUGUUCAACUUUUAGAUGACUAUCCCAAAUGUUUCAUUGUGGGUGCAGAUAAUGUUGGUUCUAAACAAAUGCAGCAAAUUCGCAUGUCCCUUCGUGGAAAUGCUGUUGUACUGAUGGGAAAAAACACUAUGAUGAGAAAAGCUAUUCGUGGUCAUAUCGAACGUAAUGCUGCAUUGGAAAAACUCUUGCCACAUAUUCGUGGAAAUGUUGGUUUCGUUUUUACACGUGGGGAUUUAAUCGAAGUGAGGGAUAAGCUUUUGGAGAAUAAGGUCAGAGCACCAGCUAGAGCAGGUGCUAUUGCACCAUUGAGCGUUAUCAUUCCAGCUCAGAACACUGGACUUGGUCCUGAGAAAACAUCUUUCUUCCAAGCUUUGAGUAUUCCUACUAAAAUUUCCAAGGGUACCAUUGAAAUUGUGAAUGAUGUACACAUUUUGAAACCAGGUGAUAAAGUGGGUGCAUCAGAAGCCACACUUCUGAACAUGUUAAACAUUUCUCCUUUCUCAUAUGGUUUGAUUGUGGAACAAGUUUAUGACUCCGGUACUAUUUUUGCACCUGAAAUUCUGGACAUCAAGCCGGAAGAUCUCCGUGAGAAAUUCAUGUGUGGAGUUGCAAAUUUGGCUUCAGUAUGUUUAGCUAUUGGCUAUCCCACACUGGCUAGUGCUCCUCAUAGCAUUGUUAAUGGAUUCAAGAAUCUGUUGGCUAUUGCCGCUGUUACUGAUAUCGAGUUUGCUGAAGCAGCUACAAUCAAGGAGUACAUCAAAGAUCCAAGUAAAUUCGCUGCAGCUGCUGCCGUCGUUGCUCCAGUUGCUGCAGCCGCAGAAGCUCCUGCUGCCGAAAAGAAGGAAGAAAAGAAAGAAGAAACCGAAUCUGAAGAUGAAGACAUGGGAUUCGGUUUAUUUGACUAAACUGCAUAUAUACAUACAUGUGUAUGUAUUGUUCAACGUGACCGUGCAUGGUCAUUGUCGGAUCAUGUUUUUAUAAACUGGAUUUUAAAAAUGUAAACAAUCAUAAUAAAAGAAAAAAAAACAGU